UCUCAGCAUCCCCAUUUCACUCCACCUCUCCUGCCCUUCCUCAAGCGCGUCUCCAUGUCAAAGAAAGGCACCAACGGUGAGGAGAGCAUGGUCGUGUCGGCGCAGAUGAGAAAGGCCAAGCGAGGCCCUCCCCGAAAGCGCAACCCGUGCCCCGGAAUCCGCCGUGUCGGCGGCCGGAUCUAUGACCCGGAGAACGGGAAGACCUGCCACCAGUGUCGCCAGAAGACAACGGACUUCGCGGUGGCUUGCACCCAACCUCGGAAGAAGGGGCUUUGUCCAAUCCACUUCUGCCACAACUGCUUGUCCAACAGGUAUGGUGAGGAUGUCAAGGACAUGACCAAGGAGGCGGGCUGGACCUGCCCCAAAUGCAGGGGCAUCUGCAACUGCAGCUUGUGCAGAAAGAAGAAAGGGGAGACCCCUACUGGAACACUGGCCCGUGCCGCCAAGGUGUUAGGGCACUCAUCCGUCCAUGAUCUGCUGAUAAAUAGCUCCGAAAUGGUGGCUGCUGCACAGACGUUGUCUUCAUUCCCUAAGAAGAUCAAGAAGGUAUAAUUUUUUGUGUGAUAUGCGCGUUAGAAAUGGCUCCAAGGUUGAUGUGAUCGUCGUCGGCAUGC